AAAAAGGCAAGUUUGACCAUAAAUGGAUGCCUUAGAUAUUAUUCAAAGUGUCCCCUAGAGCUCCCUCCUGCAAGUUCAUCGAAUAAGGCAGUAUGGGAGAUGCGUUGCCUGAGGAACAGAUUAUUGAGUUUCAGCAAGUUUUUCGCCUCCUAGACAAGGAUGGAGAUGGUUGUAUUACCAUAGAAGAACUAGCAGCUGCGCUCAGAUCACUAGAUCAAAACCCUACAGCAGAAGAACUUCAUAACAUGAUCAAUGAAGUUGAUGUGAAUGGUAAUGGAACUAUAGAGCUUGGGGAGUUCUUGAAUCUCAUGGCAAGAAAAAUGAAGGAAUGUGAAGCUGAAGAGGAACUGAGAGAGGCCUUCAAAGUAUUUGACAAGGAUCAAGAUGGUUACAUAUCUCCUAAUGAGUUGAGGCAUGUAAUGAUGAACCUGGGGGAGAAACUGACAGAUGAAGAGGUGGAGCAAAUGGUUAGAGAGGCUGAUCUUGAUGGUGAUGGUCAGGUUAACUACGAGGAAUUCGUCAGAAUGAUGAUGAUGGCUUUUUAAUUCGUAGUUGAAUUUAUCUUCCUUCAUAUAUGUACUUAAAUUAAAACAACAUAUGCUCGUUUCAUAUAAGAAAAAAUUAUUCAAUUAUAUAAUAAGAUCAUGAAUAUAGGUUUAUAUUAACCGUAAUUGUAAAAAUAGAAAUUUACCUGAAAAAUAAAACAAGUAUGUGAGAAGAAUAUAUGCAUUGUCUUUUUCUCUGAGAUCCUUCUGUUUGU